AAUUAAGUAACGUAAGAGGUUGUAGUACGUUGACUGGUUUGACCCCUGGGCGGUGCCACGUGGCGAUGUGGACGAUGUCGGUUCCAACUCGGUAAGCUUACCUCCCCCUCCGUUAUUUUCGUGCAGUUUUAAAGUAAUGGUGGCGUGAUUGUGGGGUACGUGGGGGGCGUACGUGGUUCGUCGCAUUCGAGCCUAAGAUUUAUCCAAUUACACGAUUAGGCUCGCCAAAAGUGACGAGCCCAAAGUCCAAGCCGUGCUUAGAAUGGGUUCGGGGGGGAUGUGUCAAGCGUGUGAAGUGUUUGACCAAAUCGAGUGUCCGGAGACGUGAUGUGGUUGCUCAUUACGAGUUGCCACAGCAAACAGCUUUUUCAUCCAGUGGGAAUCCGACACGCGGGCCAUUCUCUUCUCCGAGGCAAAAUUGGCCCAAGUGGAUUGAAGCUCACAUGUUCGAGGAAAUAUCUCAGAGAACGGUUAAUUUACUUAGCAUCAGAUUCAAACCACCAUUGAUUUAUCAGCAACAGGACAAAAUGAGAAGCUUCACCUGCACUGAGAAUGCAUAUACAUGUUGCAAAUUUAUUAUCAAUAUUAAAUUGUUCAACAGAGCCAUUGCCAGGAAAAAUGAUGCGCAAUGAAGAACCAAAAUCGCGGCUAUCAAUCAAAGGCUAUUAUUGCUCGGAACUGGAAUGAUUCGCCAACACGCAACCUAAUUAAGUUUUAUGUACUAAUUCUGGUCUGAAGGUAUGUCUUAUUUUUUCUAAAUAAGCUUUCAUCAUCAUCAUCAUUAUUAUUAUAAUUCAUUAUUCUACCUGGUACGUUUUACAAGCUAUAAUUCGUGAAUGCAUUACAAUAGGAACCCUCUUUCACCUGCGUGUGAGUUUCGACAAAAUUAUUGAUUAGUUACUGAGUAAUAACUUUAGAUUAAAUUUUCUAUUUUUGAAGUUUUAGAAGCUCAGUACUUUAAGCUCAGUGUCGCGAUAAAAGUAACACAAUUUUUUUGCUUUUCUUAGAGCCGAGGAAUUGUUCUAAAUUAUAGCCCAACAAAUAAACUGUUGGACAACCAACAAAAUGUAAAUUAAAAAAAAAAAAAAAAAAGAAGAAGAAGAGAUGUUCCAACAUUCCGACCCAACUUUUCCCACCACCAUGUGUUAAAGAAAGCGACAACAUUCAAACUUAAUACGAACUUACCAACAAAGAGUACGUGAAGCUUACAAAUAAUCCCCAAUAUAAUUCUGGUAAUGCAAAUUGAUUCUUAUUCUUGUUUUAUUCAAGCACUUUAAUUCUCAAUAAAUUUUUACAUAUUAUACCGUACUCCAGUUCUCGCCGUAAGAAAAUUUGGAACUUUCUUUUGUUGUAAACUAGACUCUGGGUAAGAUGGUUGUUUCAUACGAAAAUUAUGUUUCUUAGGACCAACCAUGAAAGCUAAAUGCAAUAUUUAUUAUGUAUAAAACUUGGUAAGCUACAACAUUUAAAGUGAAAAACAUGAGUUAUCCACUCAUUUAUUAGAUACUAAUAAAAAUUACGGAAACACACGUCCUUUUCCUUUGACCAUUUUAUGUUUUCCUUGUUAGGAAAAAAAAAAAAGAGAUAAAAACAGCAAGGAAAUUUUAAAAUAAUAAUAAAAAAAAAAAGAAAAGUUGGCCUAAACAGCAACCUCCCUUAGCCCUUAAACAUCCCUGGAUCCCCCACGCUCCACCAACUAUUCCAAAUUAAAAGAGAAAAAAAAACCUUUCAUGGCCGAGGAAGAGGAGAAGAAGACGAAGAAGAAGAAGAAGAAGCAGCAGCAUCAUCAGCAUCCCCCUCCCCAAAACCCUAACCCUAACACCCAAUUCCCCUCCUUCUUCUCCUCCGCCGGGGCGAAGAAACCCUCGGCCUCGGCAUCGGUCUCGGCCUCGGCCGCGGAGGCGCAGUUCAAGGCGAGCUCGGAGGUGAAGGGGCUGCGGUUCGGGGGCCAGUUCGUGGUGCGAUCGUUCACGGUGCGGCGGGCGUCGCCGCUGGAGCUGCUGCGGCUGCUGGACAUCCCGGCGGCGUUCCUGGCGCGGUGCGCGAGCCUGCCGUUCCCGUCGACGACGACGUACCUCCCGACGAGCUUCACGAUCCUCGCCCACCACGCGUGGCGCACGCUCACGCUGGGCCUCGGCACCAACAAGUCCAAGGCGCUGGUCUUCGUCUUCGAGUCCGAGGCCAUGAAGGCCGCGGUGGACCAGCUCUGGCCCCCGCUCGUCCCCCUCGGCGACGUCAACAAGAAGCUCAUCCGGGGCCUCACCGGCACCGACAUGGCGCGCUUCAAGUUCCGCAAGGGCUGCCUCACCCUCUACGUCUACGCCGUCCGCCGCUCCGGCGCCGUCGGCUUCGCCUGCGCCGACGAUCUCCGCCGCGUCCUCGAGGCCGUCGUCGCGCUCAAGGACUUCCUCGACCACACCGCCAUGCUCGCCCUCCCCACCCAGCGCUCCAUCGCCUUCGCCCCCCCCACCGCCGUCGCCAUGGCCCACUGAUCCUCCCCCCUCCUCCCACCAGGUUCCAAACUCAAAUUCUUUACAAAUUUCUCUUCUUCUUCUUCUUCUUCUUCUUCUUCGAUUUUUGUGGAGCCUCCUCAACUACAGCCCAAUAUUUGAAAUUAGGCGCCCCCCUUUAACUUUGUUAUUAUUUUCAAUUUUUAAUUUUGACACUUCUAUUUUUCUUUUCUUUUUUUCUUCUUCUUUUGGAUUUUGAGUUUUCCUAGUUGUUAAGCUUCAAAUUUUUAUUGAGGUGAUAAAAACAUCAAUAAACGUGAUAAAGUUUUUAAUUUUAUUCUAUUAGAAUAGCUUAAUUUUGAAAGAUCUCAAAGAGUGAAGUUAAGAAGGAACCAUUUUAGGAUGAUCCGUCUUAUGGUUGAGAGGGUUUCUGUACAUUUUUUUCCUUUUUCACUUUGUCGAGUAGUAACAACUUGAUCUUUUGAAUAGUUCUCCUUUUUUUCCCCUUUUUUUUUUUUUUACUACUUUGAUUUUAAUGAGCAGUGAGGUAAUGCUGCUCAAAUUUGUUUUUUUUUUUAGUUAAAUUCUGUUUAUAGAGAAUUUAAUCCCCUUGUAUUAGGAUUUGCUCAUUGAGUGUGCGUAGAGCUGUGCUGUUCAGUCCAAUUUGUGUAAUUUUUGUGUCAUGAGACAAUUCUUUGUUCAUUUUGUUGUUCAAGCCUAUGUUCUCCAUGUGCAUGUAAUAUAUUAUUAUUAUGCUUCAAAAACCUCAGUUCUCCAUGUGCAUGUAAUAUUAUUAUUAUGCUUCAAAAGCCUCAGUUCUCCAUGUGUA